AUGUCAGACGCCGUUCUCAGGGAAGAGAACAACACCCGUGCGUCGAUAUACCUGCAAUACAAUGUGCGAGACGCAGAGAAAUCAUUUGAUGCAGUCAGCAGACCUAGAACAGAGUCGCAGAGUCGUAUAUCGCUCGCCAGUCAAGAUGGAAGCGAUAUGUUCGACCCCAAUUUCGACACCGAGUCAGAGUUCCUUGAGUUGGACUCGCCCUACCCAGAGGUACGCUCGGCGGUGGCCAAUUUCGAUGACCCCACCAUGCCAGUCUCGACGCUCCGAGCCUGGAUUCUUGGUAUCAUCCUCGCGAUGGUGAUACCAGGCAUGAACCAAUUUUUCUACAUGCGGUACCCCUCGAUAGUAGUCGGUAGUCUUGUGGCGCAACUGGUUGUGUUUCCAGUGGGACGACUAUGGGCACGAAUAAUCCCCCACGUACAAAUAUUCGGUGUAUCACUGAAUCCUGGGCCAUUCACUGUCAAGGAGCACGUCUUGGUCACUAUCAUGGCGACAGUUGGCGCUCAGUCAGCCUACGCGACUGAUAUUGUCGCCGUACAACGGGUCACAUACGAUAGACCCUUCGGCUUUGGUUACAACUGGAUGCUUGUUAUGUCUACCCAACUCAUAGGCUUCUCCAUCGGCGGGAUUGCUAAAAGGUUCUUGGUAUCCCCUCCAUCCAUGAUAUGGCCCAACACUCUGGUAUCUUGCGCACUAUUCAACACCCUACAUUCCCAGUCCUAUGCUGGUAUUGGGCAGCAUCAAGGGUUAAGCCGAGAACGCUACUUCUGCUAUGCCUUUAUCGGGGCGAUCAUAUGGUAUUUCUUCCCAGGAUACCUGUUCCAGGCGCUCAGCUACUUUACCUGGGCUUGCUGGAUAGCCCCAAGUAAUCCCAAAGUCAAUCAGCUUUUCGGAUAUCACAGCGGCCUCGGUUUCUCCCUUCUGACAUUCGAUUGGAACCAGAUAGCGUUUAUCGGCAGUCCCCUCGCGACACCAUGGUGGGCGGAAGCGAACGUCAUGAUAGGAUUUCUGUUCUUUUACUGGUUCUUGACUCCCAUACUUUAUUAUACAAAUGCCUGGAGCAGCCAGUACAUGCCAAUUUCAGGAAUAGGCGCUUAUGAUAACACCGGCAAGGAGUAUAAUCUCUCUCGGAUUCUUACGCAAGAUUCCACGAUGAAUAUGACUGCGUAUCAAGAGUACAGUCCAUUGUUCCUCCCCACGACGUUCGCCAUGUCCUACGGCCUUUCGUUCCUGUCCAUUACAGCCACCAUCACCCAUGCUGUCAUCUACUUUUGGAAACCCAUACAAAUUCAGUUCAAGAGGUCUCUCAGAGAGCAACCUGAUAUCCACGCGCAGCUUAUGUCGAAUUAUUCUCAAGUUCCGGAAUGGUAUUACGCGUGUAUUUUUGUGUUCACCUUCGCCUUUGCGUGCGUAUGCGUACAAGUAUGGGACACUGGAUUACCGAUAUGGGCGUUGGUCAUCGCUCUUCUCAUUGCUCUUGUCUAUAUCGUUCCUAUCGGCAUGAUCCAAGCCAUCACCAAUCGCCAGAUCGGGCUCAAUGUCGUCACGGAACUCAUCAUCGGUUACAUGCUGCCUGGAAGGCCUAUUGCCAUGAUGAUAUUUAAAACCUUCGGAUAUAUCACCGUUUCGCAAGCUCUACAAUUUACGUCGGACUUUAAGCUGGGCCACUACAUGAAAGUUCCUCCGAGACCUAUGUUCUGGUGUCAAGUUGUCGCUACUGUCGUCGCUGGUACGACACAGCUGGCAGUACAGACUUGGAUGUUCUCAAACAUACCUGACCUCUGUAAACCGGAUCAGCCGAAUAGUUUCACUUGCAACUCAACGAGGGUUUUUGGAACUGCUUCUAUAAUUUGGGGUGUCAUAGGCCCUAGACUGCUGUUCUCUCCUGUGCUAUCGUUCUUCUUCCUUAUAGGAGCGGCGUGCCCUGUUGUACUGUAUUUCAUUAUCCGAAAGUAUCCGAACACCAUUCUAAGCUACAUAAACCUCAUCUUCGCUGGCCUUGGAAUGAUACCGCCUGCCACAGCGGUCAAUUAUGUUCCAUGGGUAAUCAUCGGCUUCAUCUUCCAGUAUUUGGUGCGGAGAAAACAUUUCGCCUAUUGGGCGAAGUACAACUAUGUCCUGUCUGCCGCCUUAGAUGCUGGCACUGCGAUUGGUGUAAUUUUAGUAUAUUUCUGUCUCCAGUAUCCCAUGAACGGGUCAAUAGGGAAAGACACGAUACAGAGCUGGUGGGGAAAUAAGGUGCAUACAAGAACAUUGGAUUGGUCUGCCAAACCAUAUAGAGCGCUGCAGACUGGCGAGAAGUUCGGUCCGGAGACAUGGUAA